GCUGCCUCCAUGUAAAAAGUGGAAAAAAAUUGCACCAAUUGAAAUUUUAUCAAUUUAAGAACAGUUGAAUCCGUUGUUGAAUUGGCUUUUCAUCAGGAAAUUGGGAAGAGGCCUUGGCCUUUCAGAUUGGGAAAUUUAUGCGCGAUAAUUGUUCAUUUUGGGAAAAAUUAUCAACCGGAAGUAAACAUCGAAAGAUGGAGCAAAUUUAUAUCCCCUGCAACUUGGACUAAAAUCCAGGUCAUCAGUUACAAUGUCAGAUACAGAUGAACUAAUACAGAAUGUGAUUGACACUGUUGAUAAUGCAUGCACACAGAAACAUGGACUUACAGAACAGUUACAGUCACUUACUCAAGCAAAGCAACAGAUACAACAUAGUUCCAAAAUUGCAACAGACCACGUGAAGAAUCAUUUUGAGAAUUUAAAGAAAGCUCUGAAUAAAUCACUAGAGGCGAGGAUGUCAGAGAUGCUAGCUGAGAUAGAGGCACUGGAGAAAUCCAACCUUGAGCCCCUCCAUCAGUGUGAGGAUAUGAUCAAUCUCUCUCUGGUUGAUGCUGCAUCAUGUAUUGAAGAAGGUAAGGGUAUUCUAGAGAAUGGACCAGAGAACAAUGUAGAUGCCUUACUAAAGUUCAAAGAUGCUCCCCACUCAAAGGAUCUCCAUGUGCUGCCAGAAGUACCAUGUCUGUCAGAGGUAGCGUUUAUAAGUGUGGACUUCAAUGAUGGUUUAUCUGAGAGGUUUCAUGAUCUCAUUGAAGAGGAGGGUAGAAUAUAUGACCGUGCACCUGUACAGAUCAUAGAUGUGGAGGAGAGGCCAGGUGCUUUACUUGUGAAGUGGGAAGAGGUGGAUGAAGAUACUGAGGCAAAUGAAUUCCGUCUACAGUACUGCAAUGGGCAGACAACUGCAUGGGAUGCAGAGAAGUGUACAUUCCACUCUGUAUACACGGGACCAAAUACGUCAUAUCUUGUUAGACGCUUGCGCACUAACAAGCAAUAUUCUUUCCGUGUAAGCUGUCGGAUUGAGGAUCACUGGAGUAUAUGGGGUAUUCCAAGGGUUGCCAAGACACUUAUCACACAUUAUCAAUGGGACGACAACACAGAGGGAUACUCAACAAGCAAUGAAAACAAGACUGGUACUCGGAGUCAUGGACUUACAAGGGUUCUAUAUUCAAAAAGUCAAUGUUACAGAGCAGGAUUCCCGAUAUCAUUCCGAAUCCUAGAUUCCGGGGAGAAGUCUCCAUUAGAUGGUUUAGGUAUAGCUGUGACUAAUGAUGAUAUAGAUACUAUGAAGAGAGAAGGAGCUGUCUUCCUUGCUUGUAAUGGGACAGUGUUUAUUGAUGGCCAGGAAAUGAAAACCAGACUUCCAUGUUUAUCACGUAAUUCCAGUAUUUCCAUAGAAACUGAAACUUUACCCAAUGGAAAGGUUCGUGUAAGUGUUCAGGUGGAGGAUAAAGAGCUCACAUUUGAUUGGAACAUAGACAAACAGGUGACCUUGGGAAUGAUAGGUGGGCUAGGGAUGACACCUCUUACAGAAUCUACACAGUGCUUCUUCUUUGGUAUGAUCUUCAGUCAUGAAGACUGGAAAGUCACUGUAGAGUGAUACAGCUGUAGCAGAAGUAGCUGAGUUUGGAGUUAAACUUUGUUUAAACUGUCUCUUUGUGUGAUGAUAUAGUCAAAUUUAUUUAUGUUCAAAACAGUAUAGUAAAUAUCCGUAUAUCUGUUUUUAAUUAAAUUACUUGUUCUGCAAGUGACCUUUCAAUGUGAAAGUUACCCGAGAUGUCUCGUGAGACCCUAGACUAGUGUAAAAGCACUUUCUAAAAAUUUACUUAUGACUCUGAUUAAGUUUAUAGAGAAUUCAUACAAAAAAUUUAUUGUCAGUAUGAAGAAACAAACAGACUGAAGAUUUCAUCAUCCUAAAUGAUUAAAAAUGAGCUAUCUGUGAUUCCCCUUGUAAUAUCUUUAAACAGUUUCAAGCAACACAGAAUUUUGAUCUGCAUGUUUUGGCUUUAAGCUUUUCUGCAAGAAACAGAAUCUCCCCUAUACCAAAACCUUCCCAUGAACCUUUAGGUAGAUUUGGAUAUUGACUUUAUUAUGUGAUUGCUGUAACGUCCUUAGCUGUGAUAAAAUAUUUAGUGCUUCCAAGCUGGUUUCGUGAGCCACCUAAUGGUUUUUAUUGAACACUGAUUUAUUCAAGUAACUUUGCCUGGCUCACAAAAAUAUUUGCCUAAGCUAGAAGUGAAUUUCAUAUAUUAUAUUGAUUCUUAAUGCAUGAAAUGGCUUCUGCGAGUACUUGAAUGUGUUAUAGCAUUUAGAGAUGUUCCUCCCCUGGCCAGUCUUGUUGAUUAUUCAUAUUAUUACAUAUAGUACUGCUAUAUUUGUUAAGCACUCUUUUUAUGUCUAACAUUAAAAUUACCACUGUUAUAUCACUAUACAUUAACCUCUGUGCAUUUUAAAAUAAAUAGCAAUGUAUGUUAGGGCAUUGGUUUUGUGUCAGAUGUUCUUCAUAUUUAUGAUAGCAGAUUCACAUACAUUACAUUGCUUUGAUGUGAUCUGCCAGUAACUGUUGCUUAUUUUUAGACACUUUGUUUUACAUUUACAUGUGCCUACAUGUUUUUGCAGUAAUAUAGUAGUAUACUGCCAAAGAAGGUGUUCACAGACUAUGAGAAAAAGCAAUACCAUUCAUCUUUCACAUGUUCUUAUUGGCAUUUUCUAUCUUCAGAAGUUCUUCACAAAUUAUUAUUAUCUUCGCAAAUUAUUAUUAUCUUCACAAAUUCAUAUCUACAUGAAAAAUCUGUUUUGACAAAAACCAGGAAAUUCCAUACCCAUAAAAUGAAAUGUUUUGUCAGUAAUUAAAAUGCUAUACUUCAAAAGAUCUGACAUCACAUUAAUCAUGUCUCCCACACCACUGUGGUGGGAGACAUAUUGAUUUACUCCUGUCUGUGUGUCCGUCUGUCUGUCACAAUCUUGUCCACGUUCUUUUAAGUCAAACAGUUCUCAUCCGAUCUUCACCAAACUUGAACAAAAUGUGUUUGCCAGUAAGUCCUCAGCCAAGUUCGAUAAUUAGCCAAAUUGGCCCAGGCACUUCGGAAUUAUGGCCCUUGAAUUACCGAAAAUCACUCUAUACACAGAUGCCAGUAUCCGCACUCUUAAGUCACUGGUGCAUGGUUGACUCAGAUACAUAACUAUUCAGAUGGUUAGGCAGUUGUGGGAGACAUGUGCUUUUCUCAAAAGCAGCUCUAGUUUAGUCCUGCUUUUUAUGAUGAUACAUUUUUUUCUUAUUAUCCGAUUAUAUUUUGAUUUUAUUAAAUAUACUGAUUGUACAUGUGUGUACAUGUAUGUUUAUUUUGUUGUUGCUCAAAGAAUGAACUAUGAACCGGACCAUAGUACAAAUUAUAGGACCAACUUUCUGUUACAUUCUGUUGUGUUGAUGCAUACGGUAGAAUCUCUUAGUUUGUUUUAGAUCUCAUUUGUAUAUUUGUAUCUACAAUACAGCUGUUCAUGUUAGUUGUAGUACUUUUUGCAUGUAUCAUCUAAUUUAAGGUAAAAAGGUAAAAGUGCAAAAUUAUGAUAAGAUUUUCAGUAUGUUUUAUUAUGUAAGAGAGAAUCUUACAAUGAUGUGAAAAAAUUUGAUGUAACUUAUGUCAGCCCAUAUAUCUUCUGAAAAGAUAGGAGGAAAUUUACAGUUUAAAAAUGCAAUUCACUUUAUCAUAGAUUUUUUAAAUUUCUAGUCUAAUUUUAUGUUCUACUCAUAUUCAUAUAAUUGUUAUGUAAAUGAUCUUGUGUCUGAUUCACGUCAUCAGUAACAGGUAUCUUCUUGAACUGGAGCUUUAUUUUGUCAUACCCAGAUAUAAAAUGCACGCUAUUUUAAAGGUCUCCUUGGUUGGUAGUAGGGUCUUUUUGAAAUUUUAAGAGUUGUUGGAUCUCCAAAAAUGUAUUAUGUCUCCCCCCACAUAUUGUUUUUGCCCUGUCCGUACGUCCUUCCCUCUGUCCAUCCUUCACAAUUCAUUUCGGAUUAAUAACUGGAGAACCAUUUGACUAGAACCUUCAAACUUCAUAGGGUGGCAGGACUUAUAGAGUAGACGACCCUUUUUGUUUUUGGGGUCACUCCAUCAAAGAUCAAGGUCACAGGGGCCUGAGCAUGGAUAAUCAUUUCCAAUCAUUAACUGGAGAACCACUUGACCCAGAAUGUUGAAACUUCAUAGGAUGAUUGGUUAUGCAGAGUAGAUGACCCCUAUUGAUUUUUGGGUCACUCUGUUACAGGUCAAGGUCACAGGGGCCUGAACAUGGAAAACCAUUUCUGAUCAAUAACUGGAGAACUACUUGACCCAGAAUGUUGAAACUUCAUAGGAUGAUUGGACAUGCAGAGUAGAUGACCCCUAGUGAUUAUGGGGUCACUAUCAAAGGUCAAGGUCACAGGGGCCCGAACAUUAAAAACCAUUUCCGCCCAGUAACUUGAGAACCGCUUGACCCAGAAUGUUGAAACUUCAUAGGAUGAUUGGACAUGCAGAGUAGAUGACCCCUAUUGAUUUUAGAGUCACUCUAUUAAAGGUCAGGGUUGCAGUAGACAGAACAUGGAAAUCCAUUUCCGGUCGAUAAUUUGAGAAUCAUUUGACCUAGAACCUUCAAACUUCAUAGGUUGAUAGGACUUACAGAGUAGAUGACCCCUAUUGUUUUUGGGGUCACUCCAUCAAGGGUCAUGGUCACAGAGGGCUGAACAUAGAAAACUCUUUCCAGUCAGUAACUUGAGAACCACUUGACCCAGAAUGUUGAAACUUAAUAGGAUGAUUGAACAUGCAGAGUAGUUGACCCCUACUGAUUUUGGGAUCUCUCAAUCAAAUGUCAAGGUCACAGGGGCCUGAACAUGGAACCAUUUCUAAUUCAUAACUUGAGAGCCACUAGGCCCAGAAUAUUGAAAGAUAGUGCAAUAAUUGGACAUGUCAAGUAGAUGAUCCCUAUUGCAGUCAACCAUCAGUGUCUCUUUGACUUUUGCUCCUGUCCCCUAUUGACUUCUUGCCUAUACAGCUAUGUACUGGGGGAGACAUGCGCUUUUCUACAAAAGCAUCUUCUAGUUCCCUGUGAUUUUUGCAAAUUUGUAAUUUCAAAAAACAUAAAUAUUUUUUUAACUUUACAAAGAAGUUUUAAGCCCUGCAAGUGUUGUUUGUGUUUUAUGACAGUUUGGUUUGUAACAGUAUAUUCACAUAUUAUAUAAGAAAAUUUUGAUUUUUAAGAUUAUUUGGUGUAAAACUGUCUGAAAAUAUCCUCUUCAGAAUAUAUUUUGAUGAUAAAUUCAACAUUAAUCAAAAUAUUUUGAAAGUUCAAAUAGUUUCUGUUGCCACCAUGGAGUUCUUUGUAAUGAUUUAAUAUAUUAGCCCCAGGUAACCAAUUAUCAACAGGUACCAAUUAUCGGCAAAAUGUUACAUUUUUCUUUAUUAACGUUACAUACAUAUAAACUGAAAGUAAUUACCAUGUUUGUAGAAAAACAGUUUGGGCACCCGUCCGAAAUCACGAGAUGCCAAACAGCUAGCCUCAUUUUCAAAUUCAGCAGUGCAGACGAACAAUCUCCAAAAAAUAUCAGGAGAUUUUGACAUGUUCAAAAAACACUGAAUUUCAUAAGUAAUUGUCAAUUUUAGGCAAUUAAGUCCACAUGUCUCAAGCUAAUCCUAAUGCAUUGAAUCCAAAGAUUUUUCUUUAUUCUCCCAAAUUGAAAUUUAAACUGACUGUCAAGAAUGUAUACAAAUGAGCUUGCUUUUGGUUGGUCGUGUUUGACUUUGUACCUGUAUUAAAAAAAAUUGUUCUUCUCAUUAAUUGACUUUAAUAGGUUGGAUGUGUCAUGUGCCGCCACAGGUUCCAUUUUGAGCAUUUAAAUGCUGAAAAAUGAGGCACAUUAGAUGAAAGUACUGACGAAUCCUGGUAUUUUGGGUUUUGCGACCAAAAAUAAGAAAUGUAAACUGUUAGGUGUGUCAAAUUGACUGCAGUAACUAUUUAUUUCUUAUUGGUCAACUUUUUAUAACUGUUUGAUAGUGCUUAACAACUUCAAACAAAACAUAUAAUAAAAACUGACAACAUUUACUGUUGUUCUAAUGAUUUAUACUAAUGUCGAUAAUUGGUCAAGAACAUGUUCACAAUUUUGUAAUCGGAUGGACCUGACAAACCAUGACGUCACAUAUUUACAUCACGUGUUGAAAAAGUAAGAAGUGUGGAGUUUUAAGAUAAAAGGUCAGUCUGUUACUAAACAAUAUUGUUUUUAUCCUGUGAAUCUUUUCCCAGAAAUUUACCGUAAUUAUGUUGUGAAAACUGUCGAUAGUUGGUUACUCGAGGCUAGUGUUAUUUUCAUAUAUUUAAAGAGAAAUGAGAAAAAAAACUUUGUUACGGAAUAUAUGGAUCAAACAGUAGGUCAUAUAUUUAUUUAGCAUUCUAUGUGUAUUUAGUUUGUGGUGCUAUGUAAUAUUUGGUGCUUCUAUUGUGCUUCAGUUUCCAUGUUUUUGCUCAAAACUCUUAAAAUGCUGUAUUAAUGACUUUGUCUUUCUGACUUUCUGUUGUGUGUUUAUUCACAUAGUUAUCUGAUUGUUUUUGGGCUGCAUUUUCCUAUGAUAUUAACAAAAUUUGUUAUAUUGUUUUAUGCAAAAGAGGACUGCUUUUAAAAUUUGUAAUGGAAGUAUUUCUUUAAAUGUUUGUUGUUUUGUUGGUGUGUCUUUUACGUUUUGGAGGAGAUAAAAAAACUUAAAUACUUUUUUUUUUUGCUUUUGUCGGGGUUUUUAAGUCAGAUGGUGACUUUUUCAGCUGUUGAUAGUGAAGGAAAACCGCAGGUGCCCCUCGAGGCAUUAUCUCAGGUUUGGGCGGGCACCUUGGUAGAAAUACCGACCUUCUGUAAGCCAGCUUGAUGGCUUCCUCAAAUGUAGAUACACCAUGUGAGGUUUGCAACCCACAUAAUUGAGGAGCAAGUAAUUCAAAAUCAGCGACCUUAACCACCUGGCCAACAGAGCUCACAGAGUAAAAGAAGCAUACCAUUUGUUUUUGCAUUAAAUUGAGUGGAAAGUUUUUUGAUACAAGAAUAUAUUUUACCGCCCUAAAUACAAAGUAUAUGGGAGCUAUAUUUGAGUCACACAUGUUUGUCAGUUAUCCAGUCCUUCUAAAAUUCAUGCCCAAUUAGCAUCAUCUAAACUGCAUUGAAGAUCUUCAUGAAGCUAGUAUCAGUUAUUUUAUCUCAUCAAGAUGACAUGCAGAGCACAUUACCAAGGCCACAAAGUCAAAGGUUAAGGUAACAAUGAGAGAUCAAAGAUCAAAUAGUUUAAAUUUGUGUCUGAUCUAUGUCUUCUAAACUGCUUGAAAAUUUUACAUGAAAUUAGCAUCAGCCUCAUCAACACUGUAUGUGGAGCACAAAGAUUACAUGUUCCCCUCAAUAUCACUUUAACCACUGGAAUUUAUUCUAUUUAAACUUUCAUUAAUUGUUAACUUCAUUUAGAUGGCAUGCAGAGUUCACAACCCAAGGUCAAGGUCACAGGUCCGAGAUUGAAUGGCUUAUAUCUGUGUCUCCUCCACUGGAAGGAUAUUCCUACAUUGCAUGCAGAGUUCACAAUACUGCUCAGUAGAUUCAAGGUCAAGGACACAAUUGAAGGUCAAAUGUCAUGAUCACUACAUUUUGCUUUCCCUGUCUCAAAGCGCUGUCACCAUUAGUGAUAUCUUAAAACUUUAGUGUUUGUAGUGGACUAAUUUCCUAUGGUUUCUUGUUCCAUUACUCUAUGACAUUAAUUUCAAGUGAACAUAUAAUUUUGUCUUAAAAAGUUUUAAGUCCACAAAUUCAUAUCCCCACGUAAUAGCAUUUAUGCCAAAUUCUUAUUUGAUUUCACAAUGCACUUUUAGUUGCUUGUAUUUAAACAUGAAAAAUAGGUCUGGAUUAUUUCUAAAGAAAUUGUGAAAUCAGAAUUGAUUGUUUUUUCUUUAAUGUGUUAAAUAUAUCUGCUCUGAACCUGUUUUUGUUUAGUAAUAUAUCAGUAUGAAUGAGUUUGUUCUUGUCAGUUGAAUUGAACUAUACAUGAAAUCAGUCAUACUAAAUUUUUAAAUGUUUUUUUAAAUCUUUAUAUUUGUGUCUGCUAAGUAUUUUAGAUUUCUUUGUUUUUAAUGCAAAGUUACUUUUUGUGCUGUUAAUGAUAACUUUGUCUAAAGGCCUCACCAAUUUCUAUGUUAGUUGAUGUUGAGCAUGGAAACCAGUUGCUGGUAUCCUGGUAAUUAUUGCUGUUUGAUUGUUAUAACAACAUUAAAAACCACACUUUGUUGGUUUUAUUUGUUAACAAACUUUAUAAGCUUAGUUCUCCCUACUGAAAAAAUUCAAGGGAUUGUUUCUUUGUUUCCAAAAGAUUUUCCAAUAAAGGUAAUGACAAAAUGAUUUUGGUGUGGCCAUCAGCCUACAGAUAAAGUUCUUAGUGUUUCUCUGUGAUCUUACUUCCGAUAUGUGCCAAAUUUGAUGUUGUUUUCUUGAACAAAAAUGCUACACCCAAAAUAACAUUUUCCAGCAACAUCCUUUGGAAUAGAUAGCCCAAUAGAAAUCUACCAUGAGUACUGUUAUUGGAAAUGUUUGGGGUCUAGUUUCAUAAUAUAUACCAGUGAUCAGUUCUUAGUAAUUGUUCAUUAAAAAUGAUUGUCUCUUCCACAUGUAGUGUGGGAGAUAUAUUGGUUUAAUGCUGCCCGUCUGUCUGUCAGUCUGUAUGUCACAUAGAGUGUCCACACAACUCCUCCAACCCUUCCAGGUGGAUUUACACCAGACUUCACAAACAUUAUCAUUGCCAGCCCUUGUUGUUCAUCUUGUUGGCAUGUUCUGGUUUAGUUAUUUUCAGCAGAGUUAUAGCCCUUGAUUCUGCAAGAACUGCUAUCCCACUGAAAUAUAUGCCACCUGAAUCGUUCUAUGUAUUUCCUUAAAAGGGGUGUACAAAUAGAUUUAAUGAAAAAUCUCUCAAGUUUGAUUGAUUAUGGUAGCAUUGACAAUCUCUUAAUUGUAAUUUUUCUUAGUUACAUCAUUCAUGUACCUUACAUGUUUCAUGUAUCUUGUAGCUGCAUCUUUCAUGUUACAUCUUCCUUGUACCUUAUAUCUUGCAUGUACUUUACUUCUUUCAGGUAACCUCAUGAAACGUUAUGUUUGUGCCAGUAUUUAAAAAAAUUAUGAAGCUUACACUUUAGGAAAAAGGGUCUGUGUUCCCGACACUAAAGGCUCUAUACCUUUGGAUCAUUAUGCUAUAAGUAUAGUAUUACUCAUUAUUGAUAUCCCAUACUAUAGACUUUUUAAAUGUAUGUGUUUUAAUAUAUAUUGUCCUUGCAAUAAUAUGCUUUCUUUGCAUCUGUUAAGAAAGCUUGAGUGAAAAAGUAUCUGUUUAACAGGUAUUGGACUGUUUGUCAUAAACUGGAAUAAAGAAUGAAAUAAAAAAUACAAAACUUAUAAUAA